UAAAAUUGAUAAAAAUGAAUUAACAGCCCAAGAAUUAGGUCUUAACUCGGAAAAUAUUUCUCCUGAUAAUGCUCCGACGGAUGAUAUUUCUGAUAUAACCGAUGAAGCCACAGAAAUCUGCCGAACUAUUCUUAAUUCUAAAGCUUUUUUUGGUGGUUAUUCGAGUUGGGACUUCAAUAGAAUAUUAGUUAGGUUAAAUAGUAGUGCAGUGGAAUAUGUGGCACUUAUUGAUAAAGCUGUUGAAGAAUAUCAAAAGGAAUUGGUUGCCGUAAAAACCGAACUCAAAAACUAUAAAGAUACUUGGGAUAGCCACCCCACGGAUUAUACUACUAUCAAGCAAGAACGGGAUGAUUUACAAAUCCAAAAAAAUAAUCUGACUGCCGAACGAGACCGCUUAAAAGAGCAAUUGGGCGGUAAAACUAAUUAUGAUGAGAUUAAGCAGGAUAUUAGCAAGCAAAUUAUUACGGAUAGCGGCUUAAGCUUGGAUCAAAACAGUACUUUCGAGCAAAUAAUAGCCAAAAUUAAGGAAUUAAUUAAGCAGCCUGAUAAUACAGAGAAAGAGAUGGCCGAUUUGCGGCGGCAAAUUACUGCCAAAGACCAAACCAUUGCUGAUUUGCGAAAGCCAAACGAACAGGUUAUGAAUGAAUUAAAAGAGAAAAUUAAA